AUGGCCGACGCAGAUGGAAAUGGGGUCGCCGAUCCAGUGGACACGAUUCUAGAGAAGCUGUUGAGCGUUCGCGGCCAAAGACCCGGAAAGCUUGUCAAUCUGACAGAGCCAGAGCUCAAGAUGCUCUGUCUUCGUAGUCGCGAUGUCUUGAUGAACCAACCCAUGAUGUUGGAACUCACAGCUCCGAUUAAGAUUGUGGGUGAUGUUCACGGGCAAUACUACGACUUGCUUCGUCUCUUUGAGUAUGGAGGAUUCCCCCCCAAUGAAAACUAUCUCUUCCUUGGCGAUUACGUCGAUCGUGGAAAGCAAUCCAUUGAAUGUUCUGCUCUUGUUCUUGCGUACAAGAUCAAGUACCCCGAGAACUUUUUCUGCAUUCGAGGAAACCACGAGUGUGCUGCCAUUAACCGUAUCUACGGCUUCUAUGACGAGUGCAAGAGACGAUACUCCAUCAAACUCUGGAAGACUUUCACUGAUGUUUUCAACUGUUUGCCCGUUGCUGCUAUUGUUGAUGAUAAGAUUCUAUGCGUCCAUGGGGGACUUUCUCCUGAACUUACUCAGCUUCAGCAAAUCAAUCGCAUUGUCCGUCCAACUGACGUGCCAGAUACCGGUCUAUUGUGUGACCUUAUCUGGUCCGAUCCAGACAAGGAGAUCGAUGGAUGGGGUGAGAAUGACCGUGGUGUCUCAUUUACCUACGGUGAAGACAUUGUCUCCAACUUUUUGGCUAAGAAUGAUCUGGACCUCAUUGUCCGGGCGCACCAAGUCGUCGAAGAUGGAUACGAAUUUUUCGCUCGCCGACAACUCGUCACUAUUUUCUCUGCUCCCAACUACUGCGGGGAAUUCGAUAACGCCGGGGCCAUGAUGUCAAUAGACGAAUCCCUACUAUGCUCCUUUCAGAUUUUGAAACCUGCCGAGAAAAGACAGAACCUUCGUCCAUCCUAA